AUGUCAGAUCAUAUCCCAGAAGAACUGAUGAUCCAAAUCCUCUCAAGGCUCCCACCAAAAUCUCUUCUCAGGUUCAGGUGUGUAUCAAAAUCAUGGAACUCUUUAAUCUCAAGCCCUGAAUUCAUUAGGCAACACACUCAACAAGCGAUUCUUUCAAAAAAACCUACACACAAAAUUCUUAGAUACUUCUCAAUUCCUCAAAAGAAGGAACUUUAUUCCGUUCGAGUCAAUAAUGCAUCAUUCAGUAUUGACACCAACAUAAACAUACAAUCCCCUUUCAAUGACACAGUGAGGCAUUAUUUUAGGAUCGUGGGCUCUUGCCACGGCAUACUUUGUUUGUCUGAUGAUUUAUUUGGAUAUUCACAUGUUUUAGUACUAUGGAACCCUGCAAUAAACAGAUGCCUCCGUCUCCCAAUGCCUCCUCUUGAUUGUAGUCAGAUAGGGAGAUAUAUGUUUGUGUUUGGCUUUGGCUUUGAUAUAAAAAGCAAAGAUUACAAGGUUGUUAAGAUGACCUAUUCUCAAAGUCGAGGAGCAUUUUUGCUGCCACCUAAAGUUGAAAUUUUUUCACUUAGUCUGGGAAUUUGGAAGCAACUUGAUGGUUUUAUUCCAGAGAGCUACAUUGCGGAGUACUUUUAUAAACAAGCUGUUGUUCAUGGGAAAGUCCACUGGACUGGUUACAAAAUCGAUGUCGAAAGAAAAAGGAUGAAGAAUUUGAUUCUGGCAUUUGAUUUAAGUGAUGAGAUUUUUGUGGAAUUACAGUUACCAGAAUGCUUGGUUAUUGGCCCACCUAUGAAUCUGAAUACAGCAAAGUUUGGGGAAUCACUUGCUAUAUAUCACUACGACAAGUGUGCUUGGACCCGGAUUUGUUCAAUUUGGGUAAUGAAAGAGUAUGGUGUUGUCGAGUCAUGGAGCAAGGAAUUCAAUAUCGUUCUUGACUGGGAACCUGGAAUGAUUCUGGGCUUUAGGAACAACAGUGAAAUACUUUUGACAAGAAGAACAGGACAGCUUGUGUCUUAUAAUCUCGAGACACAUGAAAAGAUGAAUUUUGAUAUCAUUGGCACUAAAAACUCAUUCUUUAUGGGAACUUACGAGGAAAGCCUUGUUUUGCUCAAUGAAGGAGAGCUACUGUUGCCAAAUGAUAAUUCAUCUGAGACCAACCAAGAUGAAUGCAAGGACUAUGACAUUGAGAACAGGAAUGCUCAAAUGAGUGAUUUAUGGUACCAACUUGUUAUGCAUCAGUAUCUCACUACUGUUUUGGAAAUCCCUCAUAUUUAAGCAUUUGUUAGAAUCACACCAAAUAAAUUGGAUUUAGUUUAUGUUUAGUUUACCAUCUGUAUUCAUUGUGCUGUCGCAUUAUGUUUUUUGUUUAUCAAAGCUAUGUCCGACAUGUUGAUCCAUUCCAGUUCUCAUUCAUCAUUGGUAUGUUUAUUAUGUUGGUCCAACCCAAUUCUAUGUAUUGCUACUUUCAUCAAUCUCUAUGACAUUCCAUGUGAUUUUUAAACUUAGAAUGAUGUUAAUCAAAGGUGAAGGCCUUAGCCACUGUAUUGUAACUUUGUUGGGUUAAAACAUAGGUUUGUAUUUACAAUGUUCGUAUUUCAGAUAAAUCCAAUAGCAAAAUAGUGUCUACAAAUCAUAAAGCCAAGGCAUCCAACAAGAAAACAAAGUUUUUUAGUUAAAAAAACAGGGCUUGCAAAUCUAAUUGUUGACCAAGUACAUCAAAAAUAAGUGAUAUACCCAAGUUGCAUACUUUGUCCAAUUUCUACCCGAGUAAGCUUCGUACUUAAGAAUAAGAUCUGUUCAAAUCUCAUUUUCCUUUUCCGUAUCUCUUUGAUAUAACUGAAGCACACAAGAGGUCCAGGUGUUGCAUUACGCUCUGAUAUGUAACCUUCCUUGAAAGCCCAAGGACACUUCUGCUUGAUAUUUUCUUCUCAAGACAAGCCCAAAAAACUCCCUCUCAAAAUACUAAUCUGGAAACAUAUUGAGACUGAGGAAAGCAGCAGAAACUAGGCCAAACCUUUCCAUUUAAUGUAAUUGACAACAUAGGAUACACUUUCUUUGAGGCCACAGUGUGAAAUUUGAAAGUUUUCAACAAAACGCUCUAAGAAAAGAGACUAUGGAAAUAAGUGACUGGUGCAGGCUCUUCAGACAACAUCAAUUGCAGCUACAUACAGGAUACAAGAAAGUAGUGCAGGAAUGAAUUAUCACAUAGCCUCACGAAUGCUGAUUAUGGAGGAAUAUUAUGAAAGUGACAAAAGAGUACAAUAGCAACAUCAUGUUUAAAGUGGGAACGGAAAUAAGAUCAGCUUUUUGGGAAUAUGGGGGAUAUGGUGACCACACCCUUAAGAUCAGCUUUUUGGAAGUAUGGGUGACAUGGCGACUAUGCCCUUAACGAUCCCGCUAUCUUUACAUAUCUAGCUAUAAAGAUACGACAAUUACUCAAGUAUAUAGGUACAAGACGGAAGAACUCUUUGGAGUUUGAGAUUCAGAAGAGACUUAUACGAUUGGAAGAUUGAGGGAGUUCCAAAAUACAUGAAAGGAACAUCAUAAUGUAACAGCAAUGUCAGACCAGGCUGCUUGGAAAUGGAAUGGGAGGAGAAUGGAAUUUUUGGUUAAGUCCCUCUACCACAGACUACUGAGGACAUAUUGUUCCAUUACUUAUCAGUAUGGACUCUUAGGGGACGUUUGCUUCACAUAUUAGUUAUGCAUGAAUUAAAAUGUAAGGAUUGCUUAUGUGGUGAUUAAUAAUGAAGGGAUCGCUAUGCGGCGAUUAAUAGUGAAAGGGAUUAUUGAACGGUGAUUAAUAGGAAUGGAUUGUUAUACAAGAAUUACAUACUUUAAAAGCAUUUGUCUGGUAAAAGUUUAAUCCCCAUAUUGCUAAUACACAUAUUCUUAUUCCACAUUCUAUUUCGCGUAAAAUAAUCCAUAUAUUCCCACAUAAAUUAAUGUGGAUAUAUUAUUAAUCCCAUCAACCAAAUGCUGCAUUAAGUAAUGCAGCAAUUUUUUUUCUUAUACAGCAACCAAAUGCUGCAUUAGUGAAGUGGAGUUUUCUUAUGUGGCUAACCAAACACUGUAUUAUUUUAUUUGGGAUUUUAUGUUGAGAUUGAUUAUGCCAAUACAAUCGGCCAAACGACCCCUUAGAGACAAGGAAGGUUAUUCUUUGCCAUGGGCAGCAAGAAAGCAAAAAUUUGAGGAAAGGAAAGUUAAGAUAUUUCAGUUAGUUUUGGCUGUGAAGCGAUUGGGUAAAGAUGAGAAUCUUUAGUUUUGCUAUUCAGUUCCGGUGGAUAAAAUCUGUUCGGAAUACAGUAAUCAAUGCCGGAUACAAUUAAGGAUGUGAUGUUUUGGGAAAGAAGAUGCAGAACAUGACAUGUAGUACCUUUGCCUAUUACAUGGA